CAACAGCAGCCACGUGGGGAUCUGCGGAAACGCCUUCGCAAAGAUUUGUCCCCUGCGCUGCCCAGUAGAAAGGAAGGCCCGGGAAGAGCGCAGAAGGAAACGAUCAAACCCUGGCCGGGCCGGCCACUGGGUGGUCAUGGAGUCCACACUGGGCGCGGGCAUCGCGAUGGCCGAGGCGCUGCAGAACCAGCUGCCCUGGUUGGAGAACGUGUGGCUCUGGGUCACCUUUCUGGGCGACCCCAAAAGCCUCUUUCUGUUCUACUUCCCUGCGGCCUACUACGCCUCUCGCCGGGUGGGCAUCGCGGUACUCUGGAUCAGCCUCAUCACCGAGUGGCUCAACCUCGUCUUCAAGUGGUUUCUGUUUGGAGACAGGCCCUUUUGGUGGGUCCACGAGUCUGGGUACUACAGCCAGGCGCCGGCCCAGGUGCACCAGUUCCCCUCUUCUUGUGAAACUGGUCCAGGCAGCCCUUCUGGACACUGUAUGAUCACAGGAGCAGCCCUCUGGCCCAUAAUGACAGCCAUCUCUUCCCAGAUGGCCACUCGAACCCACAGCCGCUGGGUGAGGGUGAUCCCUAGUCUGGCUUAUUGCACCUUCCUGCUGGCUGUCGGCUUGUCCCGGGUCUUCCUCUUAGCACAUUUCCCUCACCAGGUGCUGGCUGGCCUAAUAACUGGUGCUGUCCUGGGCUGGCUGAUGACCCCCCGGGUCCCCAUGGAACGGGAGCUAAGCUUCUACGGGUUGACCUCGCUGGCUCUCUUGCUGGGUGCCAGCCUCAUCUAUUGGACCCUCUUUACGCUGGGCCUGGAUCUUUCUUGGUCCAUCAGCCUAGCCUCUAAGUGGUGUGAGCGGCCCGAGUGGGUGCACUUGGACAGCCGACCCUUUGCCUCCCUGAGCCGUGACUCAGGAGCUGCCCUGGGUCUGGGCAUCGCUCUGCACUCUCCCUGCUAUGCCCAGGUACGGCGGGCACACCUGGGCUAUGGCCAGAAGCUAGCCUGCCUCGUACUGGCCAUGGGGCUGCUGGGGCCCCUGGACUGGCUGGGCUACCCGCCGCAGAUCAGCCUUUUCUACAUCUUCAAUUUCCUCAAGUACACCCUCUGGCCAUGCCUGGUCCUGGCCCUCGUGCCCUGGGUGGUACACACAUUCAGUGCCCAGGAAGCACCACCCAUCCGCUCUUCCUGACUCUGGGGGCCUCCUAUGGCCACUCUCCCUCUCACAAAGCCAACGCUCCGUGCCCUCCAUACUCCAGGAGGCAGCCCCGUCCCCCUCCAGCCCCGUAGCCGGCCCGGCUCGUCCUGAAUUUUCCACUUCUCCCACCUCCUGGUCCCACCCCACAGAAGGGCCUUCUCUGUGCCAGGAAAGCUGGUCCUCCUCCUGCCUUCCCUCCCAAGACCCCAAAGAACAGAGGCAACGGCAAGACCAGUGGGUUCCUGUAACACUGUGAGGGGCUCAGGGCAGCCCCAAUAAAGCCCUUCAACAC